UUCAAAUUUUAAGAAACUACCUUAGAGAUGAGGAUAUGCUUGAAGAGUGUCUUGAAACUGAUGAACAUGAACUAGUGGGAUAUGAUAUUCCUCCAAUGCGCAACCCCUAUAUUACCAAGCAAGAUCGGAGACAAAUGAGAGUUCAAAAUCGUUUUUCCAGAUUUCCACCAUUGAACAUGUGGGCCAACUGGCUGCUUAACACAAAAUGUUUCCAGUACUAUUUGGUAUUUUUUAUUGUUCUAAAUGCCCUCGUUCUGGGGAUUCAUGAUGAAAUUGUUGACAAAGUAGAUGACACAAGUAAUAUCCUUGUAGUAUCACUAGAUAUCCUGGACUGCAUAAUAACAUAUGUGUUUAUAAGUGAGAUCAUCCUCAGAUGGAUUGAUGACUUUUUUGAAUUCUGGAAAAAUAAUUCUAAAUUGUGUGGAAUGGUAGAAACUAAGGAGGCAAAAACAAUUCAAGAAGACUUGGACAAGCUUCGGAACUGGAUGAACACUUGGAAAAUGCAGUUUAAUGUAGAAAAGGGCAAAGGUUUACAUUCUAUUCUCCCUGAGUUGCUUGAUGAUGGAUCAGCAGCCACAAUAAAUUUGCAGUUUGUAAAAGUUAUUAAAAUUCUACACGUGUUAAGGUCAUUGAAGAUGGUUUCUAAAGUUCGACAAGCUAUGAGCUUCAUAUUGCUUUUUUUGACAAUAUUUUUUUACAUCUUCACCAUCACCGGAGUUCUCCUCUUUUCAGACUAUAGUCUGUCCACAGUGUCUGACCUUGAGUUCAGUUAUAGUUUCAUGGAUAUCCCAAAUACUUUAGUUACACUGUUUAUUUUGUUUACCCUGGACCACUGGUAUGCAAUGGCUCGAGAAAUAUUAAAAGUCGUUGAACUGGAUCAUGCAUCUUGCAUAAUUUUUAUCAUUCUUUGGAUAUUCAUUGGUGCUUUCAUCUUUAGAAAUAUCUUUGUAGGAAUUAUGGUGAACAACUUUCAAGCAAUAAGAAAUGAGCUUAUGAAAGAUUUUCAACAGAUUGAAGAACAGUUAAAGGCUGAUCAGUUUAAAGUGGAAGCUCUGAAUAGGAGGAGGAGCAAAAUGAGCAUCUCAGGACGGUAUUUUUUAUUUAUUUAUGCCUUCAUAAUCUGGACUCUUGAGUCUACAGUGAUUCAAAAGAACAACCUAGGCAUGAGGAAGACUAAUAUGAUUUAA